AGCAUUCUGAGGAAUUCAAUGCUCUUUUAGCAGCGGGGUCUGAUAUCUGUCACCUGAAAGUCAUGAGACUAUUGAUUCUAUACAAAAACAGGAAAUCAUUUGGUUGGGGUUCAUUCGUCAGGGUGGUCAGCUGCACGAAUUUUUAAGAAUUUGAAAAUGGGCCUAACCGGCUUAAAGGAAGCGUUGUUGGCUGUGAUUUUCGUUUUGUUUCUCAUCAAGGGUUCAAGGGCCGAUAGCUGCAGUGUAGCAGAUGAUUCAAGAUUUGACUGCUAUCCAGGAUUAGGUGCAUCUGAAGAGAAAUGCAAAGCUAGAGGAUGUUGCUGGGUGCCUGCUGCUUCGAGAAGAAACCCAAAGAUGAGAGCUGCCCGCUACAACGUUUCGAAUCUAGAUACACCAUACUGCUUUUAUCCGAGCGAUUUCGGGGGUUAUAAAGUAUCAAAUGUGAAGAACACUGACAUGGGUUUCAUGAUUUACCUCGAGUUGAACAGCAGGGGUGGACCAUACGGAAACAACUAUAAGCAAAUUGUGGCAGAUGUCUCUUUUGAGACCCAAACUAGAUUGAGAGUAACUAUUCGUGGUGCAGAUGACAAAAGAUAUAGAGUUCCUGUUCCAAUUCAGAAGGUCACACAAAAGAGUGCAUCACAGGACUAUGAUAUUACAUACCAGAAUUCCCCAUUUAGCUUUCAAGUAAAAAGAAAAUCUACUGGGAAAAUCAUAUUUGAUACUUCAGCUGGUCCAAUGAUCUUUUCAAAUCAGUUCUUGCAAAUAGCAUCAGCUUUACAGAACGAUAAUAUUUAUGGCCUUGGAGAGCAUGUUCUCCCAUUCAAGCUUAGCACACAAUGGCAGUUGCUGACUCUUUUUGCUAGAGAUAUUGGAGACCCACCGGGUGGUGUUAACUUAUAUGGUGUCUUCCCUUAUUAUAUGAACAUUGAAAAUGACGGGAAUGCACAUGGAGUUUUUCUUCUUAACAGCAAUGCACAAGACAUCAUUCUCCAACCAAAACCUGCAAUCACCUUCAGGACAGUUGGCGGUAUUCUCGACUUCUUCUUCUUCAUGGGGCCAACUCCAAACGACGUUAUUCAGCAAUAUACUGAUUUGGUAGGUAAACCAAUUGUGCCGCCAUAUUGGUCUCUUGGAUUUCAUCUUUGUCGUUGGGGUUAUGGAACCAUUGAGAGAAUGCAAGAAGUUGACAAGAACAUGGCCGAUAACAAAAUACCGCUUGAUACUCAAUGGAAUGAUAUUGAGUAUAUGGAUCGUUACUUGGACUUCUCCGUCGAUUCCAAGAAAUGGCAUGGCCUUUCUCAGUAUGUUGAUGACCUGCAUAACAAAGGGAUGCAUUACGUCAUGAUAAUUGACCCAGGCAUUAGCAAUCAAUACUCAGAUUACCACGCCUAUAAAAGAGGUAUGGAGCUAGAUGUUUUCAUCAAAGAUUCCCAUGGUCAACCGCUUGUUGGUAAAGUGUGGCCUGGUCUGACAGUGUAUCCAGACUUCUUCCAUCCCAAUGCCCAGCAGUACUGGACAGAAAUGAUUGACGGAUUCCAGAAAACGAUCAAGUUUGAUGGCCUUUGGAUUGACAUGAAUGAGCCAUCCAACUUUGUUUACGGCUCCACACAAGGUUGCCCUGAUUCUUCGUACAAUACGCCACCAUACAUGCCAAGCGUUGCAAGCGGCCAGUUGCCAGCGCAGACUAUUUGCAUGACGGCCAAACAGUAUAAUGGUAUUCAUUAUGAUCUCCACAGUUUGUACGGAUAUUCAGAGGGUGUUGCAACCCAGAAUGCUCUUAUGUCAGUCCGCAAAAAGCGGUCAUUAGUCAUUGGUCGAUCAACAUUCCCUGGCAGCGGCUCCCACCAGGGUCAUUGGACAGGUGACAACCAUGCUAAUUGGGACGAUUUAUACAAGUCAAUUCCAGGUAUUUUGAAUUUCCAGAUGUUUGGUAUUCCAUUGGUUGGUGCUGAUAUAUGUGGGUUUCAGGGUGAUACAAACGUAGAGCUUUGCACAAGAUGGAUGCAACUAGGUGCAUUUUACCCAUUCUCCAGAAACCACAACACAAUCAAUGUUAAAGCUCAAGAUCCUCCUUCUCUUGGACAGCAAGUGAUUGUUGCUUCUAGGAACGCGCUAAACCUGAGAUAUUUAUUAUUGCCCUAUCUAUACACUUUGUUCUACGAGGCAAGUUUCACUGGACAUCCUGUUGCCAGAGCCCUUUUGUUCGAGUUUCCAAAAGAUGCCAACACCUAUGCCAUUGACCAGCAGUUUAUGUGGGGAAAUGCUUUGUUAAUAAGCCCAGUUAUUAAACAGGGAGCAUCUUCAGUCAUGGCUUAUUUCCCAAGUGGAAUCUGGUACUCUCUUACUGGUGGUCCACCCAUCAACAGUACAGGACAGACUUUGCAACUUCCAGCCUCACUUGAGUAUCCCAACUUGCAUAUGCGAGGCGGAUUUAUUGCUCCUACGCAGAAGCCUGGCUUGACUACAACAGCAAGUCGCAAAAAUCCUCUUGGUCUGUACGCUGCAUUAGAUGACAAUGGUGAAGCCCAUGGCACCCAGUUUAUUGAUGAUGGUGAAGUGUUGCAAGAUAUGUUGCUGCAUGCUACAAACGUGACCUACACGGUUAAAGACGGUGUUCUGACAAGCUAUCCAGGAAUGGCAAAUUAUAAACCGGAAGUAACUUGGGAUGAUUUGGUCGUUUUUGGAAUUAAGCAGUCCCCUGGCAAAGUCACCAUAAAUGGUGCCGGUACUUCGUCAUUCCAAUACGAUCAAAAGCAAAUGCAACUAACUGUUUCAAACAUGAAGCUUUCAAUACUACAAAAGAACACCAUCCAAUGGAACUAGAAUAGAGCGAGAACACCAUUUAGUGCCUUGUAGUUGUCACUAUUUAAAUUGAGUGAUUUCCAAGUUUGAUUUUUGUGGACGAACUAUUAUAAUUUGGUAAAAUUUUGCAACUCAAAACAACCCACACGAGGUGAGUUCUGUGCCGUAUUAACAUAAAUAUAAUGGAAUUUGGUUGCAAUCGUUGAGAGGGAAGAUUUGGAGAUUGCUGAUAAAGAGUGCUUUGAAGAGGUGAACUGAGUGCUUUAAGAUAAUUCUGUAUAAUUGUAAAUCAAAGACAUCUCCAAAUAAAUUUUUUGGUUAUGACUGUCUAGUAGAAAAAGAAUUGUAAAAUUGUAAAUUGUAAAUUAUUUCUCAAUUAUAAUUAAAACUUUUAGCUACUUCUUCUUAUGAAA